CUCCAAUAACAAAAGAAAUUUCAGUUAUAAAUGGAGUUUCUUAGACGUAAUAUAUAUGAGAAAGAAGAUAGAUGACUCUAGUUUGUUGAGUGUAAGUUUUACGAUAUUUUCAGCAUUCAUGAUCAUUUCUGGAAAUAUUUUAAGCGAAAAAUACGGAAUAUAAUUUAAUAAAUAAUUAGGUAUAUAUAUUAUAUGAAAAUAUGUAGGUUUGUAGAAUAAGAUGCAUUUAAUGAUUACUCUCAAGGUAGAACUUAUGUUUUUUAACUGAUGGCAUUUUUUGCAGGAAUAAUUUUAAUAACAACUGUUCCUUUAUUUUUCUUUAAGGCAAAAUCAAAGCAUCCUCCAUUACAAAGUGCAUCUGAAGUAAAAAAUAAAUUUCAAAUUUUGGUAAUGUGUUAGGGAAAAUUAUAUAAAUAUGUUGUAAAACCUUUUGGAUACAAUUUAGAAUAAAUUUCUAAUGUUCUUUUAGGAGGAGUAAUUGCAGAAUUACUGGGAGAUAUUUUGUUGGUUCUUUUGUAAAAUUAAAAGGAAAAUAUAAAAUAGUAUUAUAAAUUUUUAAUGCAUCCACAACUUUUUUUAUGCUUUCCUUAUUUUAAAUCUUGCUGUUAAAGCUCAUUGGUUAUUUUAUAUUAGUUAUUUCUUUGUUUGUCUAUUUUCUAGUAUUUUGGCAUUGAAAUUUUAAUUUUCAUGUGA